AUGUCCGCUGCCGAGGCGCCGCGGCCACCGGGAGUGCCUGCCGGUUACCGUGACAGGCUCGUGCAUUUUUUCCAGCGGCAUGAUGCGACCAAAUUGAGGCGUGUCGAUGCCCUGCUGGAGAAGUACGCCGGGAAGGAGGAGAGACUUCUGCAUGCGUUGGCCCAGACGUACGCAUCACGGCCGCCGCGGCCUGAGGCUUCCCCUGCGGACCCGCCGGCGCGUGGCCCGCAAGAGGAGUGUCCUCCGCCUGCUGAGGGCCACGGGGAGUGCCGGGCGGCCGCCGCGGCGCUUCCCGAUGCAGACCAGCCGCCGCCGUCGACAGCACCCGCGGAGCGAGACGAUUACAAGCGGCGCCUCACGUCAUUUUUUCUUCUCUACGACUCCGCAAAGGUGCCGCACGUCGACACUCUUCUCCGCAAGUAUCGUGGGAGGGAAGCGGGGGUGAUGGAGUCGCUUGUGCGUCGCUUCGGCCCUGAGCCUUCGAACCUCAAGGAGCCCCCUUCUGCGGAGGAGGCGGAAGAGGUGUCAGUUGUGGCGCCCAUCAGCGACGCGGCGCUUGCCGCGCGCUUGAGGCGGUUCUACGCCCACCACGACGCAAAGGAGCUGCAGGGCAGCCACGUGGAUGAGCUGGUUCACAACUUCCGCGAGGCGCCAGAGGCUCUGUUCGAGGAGCUAACACAAGUGUACGGGCCAGAGCCGGCGGAGGCGGAGGCGGUGCCGCAGCCGCAGCCGCAGCUGUCAGCGGAGGCCAAAGGCGAGGCGCUCCGCCCAGCAGAGAGUUCCGCGACCCUGGCGCCGGAUGGGUCCGUGACUGAUGUCGGCCCCACUUUGAGUGGUAGCACAGUUCUGUCAGCUGCAACUGCGGAAAAGAGUCCGCGGGCGGUGGAUGUCUCGGCCUUUAUCAGUCUGUUCACCGCCGAGUGGUGCCCGACAGAAGAGCAACAGGCAGAUGCUUCACGGCGCCUUGACGCGUUCUUUCAUCCAGGCUCUGCGCGGCCAUCAUGCCAAGCCGCACAGCGUUCGCCAUUUGCGGUAGCAGCCGAGGCCAGUUUGGACCCGCACACGUGGCUGCCGCCCGAUGCGCCCCAAGAAGAGCUGCAGCGGUGGCGAGAAGACAAGCUUCUGCUUCCUGAUCGUCUUGCAUGGCGAAGGCGUCAAGCGUCGAGGCGAUGA